AUGUCGUUCCUCUUUGGCCGAGCAAGAACAAGAACCAACGUCAGCGAUCUCCCCCGACAAGCCCGCGAACAUGUUGUCAAGCUCGAGGGUCCCCAGGGCGCCGCAAAGGUAGAGGAGCUGGCCAAGGUACUAUCGCAAAUGAAGCAAUUACUUCAAGGGACACAUGAACAAGAAGCCUCCCCCGAACAACAAUACCAAUUAGUAACCGGCAUGAUCGAAGAAGACCUCCUGUACCUCCUCGCCAUCAACCUCUACCGCCUACCCUUCGACUCGCGCAAAGACACCCAAGUCAUUUUCUCCUACGUCUUCCGCUUCCGGCCACCCAACGCGCCCCCGACGCGUGCCGAACCGCUCGCCCUCGCCUACGUGGUCGAACGACGGCCCCAGGUCCUGAUCGAGCUGUGCAAGGGGUACGACCACAAGGAAAGCGCUCAGCACGCGGGGACGGUCCUAAAAGAGCUUAUCAAGAGCAGCGAGGCGGCCACGGCGGUGAUUCUGUAUGAUGAUGGCGACGAAGAAGGGUCGAGUGCGAGGGGAGUGGCGGCCAUUGAUAGGAACAGGAAGCAGAGCGGGACGGGGAUAUUCUGGUCCUUUUUUGAGUGGAUCGAUAGAGGCUCUUUUGAGGUUGCUGCUGAUGCUUUUACUACUUUUCGGGAACUCCUAACAAAACACAAAGACAUAAUCCCGCACUACCUCUCCCAAAACUUCGACCUGUUCUUCAGCAAGUACAACACGGUGCUAAUCCAAUCAACCUCGUACGUAACCAAGCGACAAUCCAUCAAACUCCUGGGCGAGAUCCUUUUGGACAGGUCCAACUACAACGUAAUGACCGCCUACGUCGACCGCGGCGAGCACCUCAAGAUCUGCAUGAACCUGCUGCGCGACGACCGCAAGAUGGUGCAGUACGAGGGGUUCCACGUCUUCAAGGUGUUUGUGGCAAACCCCCAUAAGAGCGUCGCUGUGCAAAAGAUUUUGUUGAUGAAUCGCGAGAAACUGUUGCAUUUUUUGUCCCACUUUUUGGAGGACAGGACGGAUGAUGAGCAGUUUAUUGACGAGAGGGAGUUUUUGAUUAAGCAGAUUAGGAAUAUGCCUGCUACGCCUGUGGUGCCGCAGCGGUAG